GAGUAACGUAUGUCUACCACCAUACUCGCAGGUCACGUUAAAAUCAUACGCAACUAGCUUCGUGUGCAAGUAAAAUACUGUCGUAACUUGGAUACACAGUUAACAUUCCUUUAACAAAUUAUAUGUUUGAAUUCGGUAUAAUGUUAUCUGCACGUAAAAUUGCUGUGAGCUGGCACUGGAUCACACCGUAUUUCCACCAACACUGUGGACUUUUUCUUUCCGGUUUACAACCCGCAACAUAGAAAUGGACCAAUCGCCGCUCGCCUUUAGUCGGGCGCAAGGUCACUGAUAGACUCAAGUCUGUUUUCAAGAUUAGCGACGCAUCCAUCGUGAGGAAGAUGGAAGCCAAAAACACGUGGUGUCACAGAGACCGACUAUUCGACGAGGCACAACGGCCUCUACGACAUUAACCUUUACCAGCAAUUUCUGCACUUUGUCAGAUGACCACAUCCACUCCUGAUGUGAAACCGAAGUUUUUUCUGUGCCUUGACUUUACAAACAUGCUUUCCGCUUUGGACGUAAGUGUCCUGGCUCCUGCAGGUGGCUGAGGGCCGUGCUAGCCAGUGACGUCAUGAUGGACAGCGAGGGCGACUCCAGUCCUUUCUCUCUCGCUCAGUCCUUAGGCGACGGCAGUGGCUACCCGACUAGCAGCACCAGCCUGAGCAGUCAGUAUCACGCUUGGGCGGCCGCGGCUGCUGCUGCUGCUGCAGCCUCCACGUCGGCGCUGAACAGCACCUCUAACGGCAGUAACAACAGCACAGAGCUGCCCGGGCACUUUUCCCCCGUGUCACCGGGCGGCCACGCCUCCAUGUACACCGACCACAUCGGCCUACAUACGUCACAGGCGACUGUGGACGUGUUGUCCGUGCGGCUUGCCCCGAGCGAGUAUCACGGGAGCCAGGGCCAAGCGGAUGGAUAUCACGGCCAGACCGAGGGAAGCCGGCAUGCCGCCGCCAGCCAGUCCGACUACCACGACCACGUAGGUGGAGGACAGGGAGAGCGCCACCUAGCAGUGGAGGUUUAUCACCAUGCUUCCUCCUCCUCCGCGUCCUCCUCCUCCUCCACAGCCCAGCAGCAGGGCGAGUACGGACAUGCCGGUCAAACCUCGGACAGGCUCGCCCAGGCGGAAUACCACAUCGGACAGCAGCCAGACAGGAUGGUGCACAACGACUACCACUCCGCCCAGCAGCAGGACCGUCACCCGCAGCUGGACUACCACGUGGGCCAGUCGGACAGGCUGACAGGGCCUCGGCGGGCAAGAAUAUCAUAACGGGACUCAGGGCGAGCGCAUGGGAGGACAGCAGGCCAGCGGCUACCACGCUGGGCAGGCCAGCGACCGGGGACUAGGACAAACGGAAUACCACUCUGGACAGGUUGACCUGGAUGUCGGAAUGCACUCCGAGUUUGAGCGAAGGCAUCUGGAAGCCAGCAUCCUGCCCAAGGAUCUGGUAGACGGCGGCCAGCGCAGCUCCGCUGUGGACUAUCUGUCGAGUCAUGGGAGCAGAGAACUGGCCAACCUGCACCGGGACAUAGUGGGACUGCAGAGAGAACUGGACCUCAGCGUGGGACAGAAUGUCUCGCCCUCACAGCGCGGUGCCACUACAGACCUGUCGACCUCUUCCUACGCUCUUGACCCCACGACCCUGCCGCACGACCUCAGUCCCUACAGUCAGCGGGAUCUCGAUCGCGCAGUGAUGUCGCAGGAAGUGGUUGGGGCCAGCACGCGGAUGGAGCGGGGCGUGGAGGCGGCGCCACCCUGGGUCUGCAUCCCCAGGACCUAGCGGUCAUCGGCAUGGGCAGUGCGCGCGACCUGGUGGACAUGGCGUCACUCGUCCGCUCCACCUCCACGCGUGACGACUCUGCUCACGUGCGUGACGUCAUCCACCGCCCUCGCGACCUUCAGCGGGCUCUGGAUGCUCUGGGACCCCUCGGCACUGCCACCCGCACCGACGUCAGUGACCUUACCGUGGCAGCAAACACAGUCACCAAAGGCAGUUCUAGGAGCUACUCUACGUCAUCUCGUCUGCUGAGCUCUGGCAGCAAGCGCCAGGGGCUGGUGUCUGGACAGACGGCGGACAUAAGAACUGUCGGUGGCGCCAAUAAGACCACCAGCACAUCCGUUAACUUUUUGUCGCUCGCUGCGUCCCGUGAUGCCAUGGCCAUGAUGGGGGCGCAGGAAUCAAGCGUGGGAAAUUGUUCCUCCAGAAUGAUUUCGUCUUCGGAUUUCUCUCGCCAGCAGGCAAGUGAGACUAGCAGACUCAGGCGUGAACUGACGACGCCAUACUCGGAUCUUGGUGUUCAUCGUCCUCUGCUGGGCUCCGCGGGAGUCUACAAGGCGGUGGAGACGCUUUUUGCCCCACACGAAUCCCUUGUGUCCACCGACACGUUAACGUCAUCGCGCGAACGGCUGUACGAGAUGAUGAAGCAGUAUCAGUUCUGUGAUGCAGUUAUGGCCACCAACCUUCACUCCAUCAAGGUGCACAAGGCGAUCAUCUGCUCGGCCAGUGCCUAUCUGUGCGGCGUGCUAAGUCAGACUAACAUGGGCAAGAGGGGCGGCCGAACCCUGACCGUCCAGUUCAAGGCCGACAUUCCGGCCCCCUCCCUCAACGCCUUCAUCGAUUUCAUCUAUCUCGGCCGCGUAGCGCUGUCAGUGAAAAACGCCCGUGACUUGCACGUGAUGGCACGUUGUCUGCAUAUGGAGACCCUGAAGAAAGCAUCCGAGGAAGUGCUGUGGACCGCGAAUCUGAACAGCGACACCGAUCUGAACAUCCCUGAACUGCUCUUGCUGGAACAGCACGUGGACAGGCGGGACCAGGCGUGUUCCGCUAACCUUCCUUCACCUCGCGAAGCCCCGGCCACACAGGAUGUGGGCGUGGUCACAGACGCUUGUCAUGCCGUAUCCACAUCCUCAAAUGUGGCCUGUCAGACGGAGAGCAGCCCUGCCUCAGCAGCCGUCGCCAUUUCCUCUUCCGGAUUGUCAGGAGAGAGAAGGUCUGCCCCCAACGCCUUAUGGGUAGGUGGGUUGGGCACGUUGAGCCUGAAUGCCAAGGGAACGGUCAGUGUGAGAGCGAGUGGAAAGUCAGGAGGCCCCCACUCGCCAGUCACAAACACUCCGGAGACUGCGGCACACUUAAAAUCGUCGUCAGUAGUCGCUGCCACAACUAACACCACCACCAUCGCCAGCGCGACUGCGCCUAUAACCAACCCUCAUCACAAGAAGCAGCUGGCGUCGGAGGCCUGCAGGUCAAGGUCUGGGGCAGUCAGCGACCUCGCCAGUUCACGGCCGGUGGAAGGGCGCGGCUCGGCCAUCAAUGCCGUGCAGGCCGACAGCAGCGCGUCACGAUCUGUCAUCAAAUCACGUAAGAGGCAGACAUCAUGUACUUCGUUAGACAAAGACAUGACCUAUCCUUCCCCACUCCCCGGACAAACAGUUCGCACCAUACAUCAUUCUUACGGGACCAGGGCUGCUGCCAGGACCCCCGCCAAAGAUCUGGUCACUCCUUUUCCACAGGCUUUGUGCAAAGAAAAUGGCAAAUCUUCAGCCUCCAGCCUUCCCAAGCCCAAAAUGGAAACCAGUGGUGCAGGUUCCGCUGCGAUCCUUAUGUCGGAUGAGGUCUGGGCCAACAGACUCAGAUGAUCAAACAUCGUGGAAGAACAUUAAAGGGACGUAU